GAUUUUCGGUGGAUUUGGGAUUUCCCGUGUACAAUUUCAAUAUUUUCACCUCCCCAAUCCCAUUUUUCCCCAGGAUUUUCGGUGGAGGGUCCGUCGCAGGCGCGUUUGGAGUGCGAGGACGGCGGGGACGGCUCGGGCCGGGUCCGGUACUGGCCGCAGGAGCCGGGGCUGUACGCGGUGCACGUGCUGUGCGACGGCGCCGACAUCCGCGGCAGCCCCUUCAUGGCACAGAUCCGGCCCCAGGGUGGAGACAGCUUCCCUGAAAAGGUGAAGGCGCAGGGCCCGGGGCUGGAGCCCUCGGGGGUGGUGCUGAACAAAACCACGGAAUUCACCGUGGACGCCAAACACGGCGGCAAAGGCAACCUCAAAGUGCAGAUGCAGGACGCCGAGGGGACCCCCGUGGAUGUGGCAGUGAAGGACAACGGGAACGGAACCUUCAGCUGCUCCUACACCCCGAAAAAAGCCCUGAAACACACGGCCAUGGUGUCCUGGGGGGGCGUCAACAUCCCCCAGAGCCCCUUCCGGGUGAGGACAGCCCCAAAAUCGG